AUGGAAUACCCAGGAUCUCCCGAGCCCCCAGCGAAAAGGAGACGCUUCUUCGCCACCGAGGAAGAUGCUUUGAGCCACCAAUCCAGCCCGGUGCUCCCCACCCCGCCUACGCACCCCAAGCAGCGCUUCUUCCAGGAUGCCGAUGAGGAGUCUACCCAAAUAGAAAGCGAAGAGGCCCAGCCCCCUUCGUCGCCUACGAAACCCCGCGGCCCUCUCGUCGAGCAACCGGUCGAAGAUGCCUCCAACCGCUCUGCCCCUCCCGCGGAGAUCCAGCGCGAAGAGUCCGCCAUGACGUUCGAUCAGGAGACCUUUGAGAGCUUCAUUGGAGGCAAGAUCACGGCAGAGGUGUUGGAAGUGAUCCAGGACAGUUGUGGGAACAACCUUGAGCGCGCAGUCAACAUGUAUUUCGAUGGCACAUGGAAGAACUUCAAGAAGAAACCUUCCUCUCUGGAUGCCUUUACUGGGCCUUCCCCUUCUACCGCCAACCCGCCGGUUGAAGAUUCGUCGAUGGAGGACCUCCCGAAGCCCGACAUCCGACGUACGAUGCCCGAAGCCCGAUACAUCGGCUCGCUUGGCGUUGAAGGCUGGGCGACCCGCAGCGGUACAAAUCUGCUCAAACAUGGAGACGUGGUGAGGAUCGAGCGGCAAAAGACGAAAUUUGGUGUCACGACUGUUGCUCCUCGCGGGGCAUCCGCCGCUUCGAGACGAGUUGAUGUGAUGGUGCGGUUCACAACUGGCAGCGGGUCCGAGAUUGGCAGGUUGGCCAAGGAGACGGCCGAAUGGGUCUCGACGUUGAUAGACCAGAAAAUCUGCAAGUUUGAGGGCGUAUGCGUCUAUGCUCCAGAGCGGUUACGGACCAACGACACCGUCUUCAUUCAGCUGAAGUGCUUCCUAUUGGCCUCGGCUUUUCAUCGACCCGGGUUCGCCCACUCCGACAACAGGGCUACUGGGUUCUUCGAGGAGAAGGAGUCAUCGGAAGAGAAGGAGCUACGUCUUCGACAGAUCGCAUUGGUAAAGUUACUGCAGGAGGUCAACCUUGAACCAACCCGGGCGAAUCCGACCGCUGGUAAAAGCCAACGACAAGGGCUGCUCCAAGCCGCAGAGAUGGAGGACAACAAGGAAAAGGAUGCGUCCAAGCCAGCUGUCAAAGAACCUGGGUCUUCACCUCCUUCAGACGAACAAGAAGAUGGAGAAGAGCUGGAGCAGGACCAGCUAGAUGCGUUGUACCGCAAAGCCCAGUCUUUUGACUUCAACACACCGGAGGCAGAGCCUGCGGACACCUUCGCCAUGAACCUGAGGCCAUACCAGAAGCAAGCAUUGCACUGGAUGAUGACAAAGGAGAAGGACCAGAAGAGUAAUAGAGAGCCGAGCAUGCACCCCUUGUGGGAGGAGUACGCCUGGCCUCUCAAGGAUACAGACGAAAAGGAGCUUCCCCAGGUCCAAGAUCAGCAACACUUUUACGUCAACCCGUACUCGGGAGAUUUGUCACUAGAUUUCCCCGUCCAGGAACAGAACUGCCUGGGUGGUAUCUUGGCCGACGAGAUGGGUCUCGGCAAGACCAUCCAGAUGCUCAGCUUGGUCCACUCUCACCGAUCUGACAUUGCCCAGCUGGCCAAGGCGAAUGGCAGCGCCCCCACAUCUGUCAACGAACUCCCAAGGCUCGCUUCCAACUCAUCAAGUGUGCUGUCUGCACCAUGUACGACACUGGUUGUGGCACCCAUGUCGUUGCUGUCCCAGUGGCAAAGUGAGGCAGAGAAGGCCUCGAAAGAAGGCACCCUCAAGGCCAUGGUGUAUUAUGGCAAUGAGAAGGCCAGCAACCUCCAGGCCAUGUGCUGCACCGCAAGCGCGGCGUCCGCUCCCGAUGUGGUAAUUACAAGUUACGGUGUGGUAUUGUCCGAGUUCAACCAAGUCGCCUCUAAGAAGAUGGAAAAGUCUGCUCACACCGGCAUCUUUUCCCUGAACUUCUUCCGCGUGAUCCUCGACGAAGCCCAUCAUAUCAAGAAUCGAGGUUCGAAGACGGCCAAAGCGUGCUACGAACUAUCUGCCCAACACCGAUGGGUGCUGACCGGAACGCCAAUCGUCAACAAAUUGGAGGAUCUGUUCAGUCUGGUCCGAUUCCUACGCGUGGAGCCUUGGAACAACUUCUCGUUCUGGAAGACCUUCAUCACAGUCCCCUUCGAGUCCAAGGACUUCAUGCGGGCGCUUGACGUCGUGCAAACGCCCCUGGUUCUCAGACGUACCAAGGACAUGAAGACGCCUGAUGGUGAACCCUUGGUCCCACUGCCUCCGAAGCACAUUGAGAUUGUCGACGUAGAGCUGAGUCAAACAGAACGCGAGAUUUACGACUACAUCUUCACGAGAGCAAAGCAAUCAUUCCGGGAGAACGUGGAAGCGGGCACGGUCAUGAAAGCAUUCACUAGCAUCUUUGCCCAUAUCUUGCGCCUUCGUCAAUCCUGUUGCCACCCUAUUCUGGUGAGAAACAAGGAGCUCGUCGCCGACGAGGUGGAAGCCGGAGCGGCGGCGGACUUGGCAGCAGGCCUUGCGGACGACAUGGACUUGGGCUCUCUCAUUGAGCACUUCACAGCCGCGGUGUCGGAGUCGGAGUCCAGCACGGCCGCAUUCGGGGCACACAUCCUUGGCCAGAUUCGUGACGAGGCCGAAGACGAGUGCCCGAUCUGCGCCGAAGAGCCAAUGGUGGAGCAGACGGUGACUGGAUGCUGGCACUCGGCGUGCAAAAAAUGUCUCUUGGACUACAUGAAGCACCAGACAGACCGCCACAAGGUGCCGACUUGUCCCAACUGCCGCGCGGAAAUCAACUACCGGGACCUCUUUGAGGUUGUUCGGCACGAUGAUGACCCGGACAUGUUCCAGAAGCCCAAGAUCAGCCUGCAGCGCCUGGGCAUCAACAACUCAUCGGCCAAGGUUGUGGCACUCAUCAAGGCGCUGCGCGGGCUGAGAAAGGAGCAGCCGCGGGUCAAAUCGGUCGUCUUCAGCCAGUUCACGUCGUUCUUGUCGCUUAUCGAGCCAGCCCUGACGCGGGCCAAUAUUAAGUUUCUGCGCCUCGACGGUUCCAUGGCGCAAAAGGCACGCGCGGCGGUCUUGAACGAGUUCCAGGAGUCCCAGACGUUCACCGUGCUGCUCCUUAGUCUCCGUGCCGGAGGUGUCGGGCUGAACUUGACGUCGGCGAAGCGGGUUUUCAUGAUGGACCCCUGGUGGAGUUUCGCAGUUGAGGCGCAAGCGAUCGAUCGGGUGCACCGAAUGGGGCAGGACGAAGAGGUCAAGGUGUAUCGCUUCAUCGUCAAGGAGAGCGUGGAGGAGAGGAUGCUCCGGGUCCAGGACCGGAAGAAGUUUAUUGCUACGUCUCUGGGCAUGAUGAGUGAUGAAGAGAAGAAACUCCAGCGGAUCGAGGACAUCAAGGAGCUGCUCAGCUAA